AAAGCGUGGCAAAACCAAAACACGAAGGCUUAUACUUCCUUGACCAAGAUGAAUUUGUGAGGUCCAGUGACAUUUCUGAGCCAAACAAAGAUGUUGACCGCUGCAGAAUGCUUCGUUUGAUAUCCACAGUCGUAGGCAGUUCCAAACCUCUCACAAGAUGGGCUCCACUCAGGCUACAGGCUAACGCGAAACUGCCUGUUACACUUACUAGACCUCCCACUCGGCCCGUUCGCCUCUUCGCAAGCUUCAUCGGCAAUGAUGACAAUGUACGUUACAGCAGGUUGGAACCUAGAAUUGAACGGAAACUAGGGGAAUAUGAAGAUUUCUUCUUUGAAACGGGACGUGACAAGGGAUGGGCCCAGAUCAUGAUGUUAGUGUCGGUUCAAUCGGAGAAGGAGUUGUCCUCAGAGAACAUUAGUAGAGCCUUUGCGAACUUACAGAGACGACACGCAGCCCUGCGCAUGGCUGUCAUUUUGAAGGAUGGAAAAAACCACUUCGCAGAAGUUCCCGAUGCACCCGACUUGGAGAUUCUCCAAACCAGUGAUAGCAAAGCCAUAAUGGCCAGCGAAGAACAAACGGGGUUCGACUUCGGGCAGUUGCUUUGGAGAUGCAAGAUCCUGCAACCUGAAAAAUCCGAACAAGGAUUUCUCUACCCGUUCAUCUUCGUCAUACAAGCCUGUUUGACUGACGGUACCGCAAUUCAUAGCGGUCUGUACCCCAGUCUUCAGGACUAUUUGGAAGCAUCCUUUGAGCAGAAAGAAGACCUUGACAUAGAAAGUCUGCCUCUCCUGCCUCCUCGCGAGCAUCUUUUAGAUCAGUUCGAAUCUAUCCUAGACCAGGAGGGAGCUGGACAAGGACAACAUACUCAAAUCGAAAAUAAAAUAAAUCAAGCGGCCCUUGCGGCUAAAUUCUGUGAGUUGCAUAAGCCUAGUAACCCACAAAAUUGUUCCGGAGUGGUCGAUUUUGUUUUCGAUCAGAAGCAAGUGUCACAACUUGAAAGGGCAGUGGCGCAGCAAAAUGUAUCAAUGAAUUCGGCCUGCGCUGCUGCCCAUGCGAUGGCUGUAUACAUGUUCUUGACGGAUUUAGGGGCGGAUUUAGGGACGAUGUCUCUGCCAUCCCUGUACGUUGUCGAGCUCAGGCGCUACGCGACACCAAGGUUCCACGCAACGCAUUCUGGUGCCUACGUAGCCCUUGCUAUAAACAACAUAAAGCUCAAUGCAGAAAUGGUCGCAAGUGAAAACAGAAGUGGGGUACUCUGGAAGCUCGCUGCCUCAAUCAAGAAAGAAACAAGGGAACGCUUAGCCGAAAACGAACCACUGUUCGAGGUUAAGGCGUUCCUAGGAGAUUAUAAACGGUUCCAGUCCGACCGGAACGCGUAUUACCGCGAAUGUGAUCCAUGCCCUGAACUGUUCUACACAUCCAAUUUAGGACAUAUACCCGUAAAUUGCGGGCAGGGAAAAGUUACCAUAAAAAAAAUCCAGCUUUUGAAGGGCGCUAGGGAACCGGCGGCAUUUGGUCACAACAUCACGAGCCUUAACGGUCAGCUCCAGUGGGAGAUCUCGUACAAUAAGACGAUUGUGAGCGAUGAACUGGCGGAAACAUACUUGUCACUGGUAAAGGGCGAAUUUGAGCGAUUCCUAAUAGAACAGUAGUGCUGUUACCGAUGUGAUCGUGGAAACGGGUUCGAUUUCAAGUUAAUGUUAUAUACAUGUUUAUAACUGGUGGUAGUGGUUGGGGAAGCGCUGCA